GAGGAGGCGGGACUGGGGGGGGUCCCCUAGGCGGGGCUAGGUUCUCCCCGCCGCCCUCCCAGCCCCAGAGCCGCGAGCCGCCCUGCAGCCGGGCGGGGGCCAUGGGCGCCCCACGCCGCCCGGGCCAUGAGGACGGAGGUGGAGGCCGCGGCGCCGCUCGAGCCCGCCACCAGCUGAAGCCAGGCCAGGGCCUCCCAGGCAGAGGCAGACCCGUGGUUCCCAAGUGGGCCAGUUCCUUGGCCCCAAGCAUCAACAUCUGACAACAGCUUUGGCUUGGAAGACCUCACCUAUCCUUAUCACUCCCCACAGGCAGGAGGGACUUUGUGCAGCUGCCUGUACCCAUCAUCCAACAGCUCUACCACUGGGACUGUGGCCUGGCCUGCUCCAGGAUGGUACUGCGCUACCUAGGCCAGCUGGACGACUGUGAGUUUGAAAGUGCCCUUCAGGAGCUGCGGCUGACCAGGAGCAUCUGGACCAUUGACCUGGCCUACUUGAUGCGCCACUUUGGCGUCAGGCAUCGCUUUUGCACCCAGACCCUAGGUGUUGACAAGGGCUACAAAAACCAGUCCUUCUACAGGAAACACUUUGAUACAGAGGAGACCCGGGUCAACCAGCUGUUUGCACAAGCCAAGGCCUGCAAGGUGCUGGUGGAGAAAUGUACCGUGAGCAUACAGGACAUCCAGGCACAUCUGGCCCAGGGCCACGUGGCCAUCGUUCUGGUGAACUCGGGGGUGCUGCACUGUGACCUCUGCUCCAGCCCAGUCAAGUACUGCUGCUUCGCGCCCAGUGGCCACCGCUGCUUCUGCCGCAGCCCUGACUACCAGGGCCACUUCAUCGUGCUUCGAGGCUACAACCGCACGGCCGGCUGCAUCUUCUACAACAACCCAGCCUAUUCCGACCCAGGAAUGUGCAGCACCAGCGUCAGCAACUUUGAGGAGGCCAGAACCAGCUACGGGACAGAUGAAGACAUCCUCUUUGUCUACUUGGACAGCUGACAGUGGGAUCCCGCCCUGCUCCACACCAGGUGGGCUUCCUCAGAAGGCCCUGGCCCAUCUUUAUCAGCGGGGACUCAAAUAUGGAGCUGUGUCCUUAGUCAGCAGGACAGUGGCCCAGGGAACUCUGGAAGACCACAGACAGUCCACUUCAUUCGCCAGCACUGAGUGUCAUCACACCACUUACCCCACACACUUGCAGCUGCUGGGAGCACCCCACGUGUGAACAGAACCUCCCCCGGGAUCUGGAACCUGAAUGCAGAUGGACCACAGGGGGCAUCCGGCCAGGGUCAGGGGAGAGACCUGAGCCCACUUCUCCAUAAACCCAGGGGCUAAGUCCUGAGAAUGACGCCAGUUGUCAGAGGAGCAUCUGUGUUGGGAGACUAUCUGACCCUUACCCCCAGGGCAACGGACUUCCAUAGACCUUGCCAGGACCCGCUCUCGCCCAUCUCCCCUGGAAUGCUGCAGACCUCCGUUCCCAUCAGGAGAUGCUGCCAAUACUUCUAGCCUCCCAGGGGACCUAAGUUCCUGUGACUGUCCAGGGCCUUGGCUCUAGUGAGGGCUGGACCUCAGGCCUCCUGCAUCUCUAGGAUGAAGGCGCUAGGUCCAGUGGGCUUGGGGCCAGGGAGUGGAAGAACCCUGCUUCCUGCCAAUUGGCAGUGCCAGAGGCAACCCCCCAAAAUGUCUGACCUGAGGACCACAGCCGUGUGGGUCUCAGAGGUCUUCCCAACCACCUGAGAGUCUCAUGACACUAGCCAAGGUCCCAGGUAGUUGUGCAGGACUUGGUGCUCCUAAAGCAGUGGCAGGGUGGUCACUGGUGGUGCCUCUCCCCCACCCCCCAUGGUGUUUUCCCCUUUUUUGCACAGCAUGUUGGGUCUCCUGUGACUUGACAGUGGAGGGUGUUGUUCGCACACAGGGUCACGCAGCAUGGCCUUGAGCUAUUCCCUUUUUUCUUAAAUUUUAUGUGUGUGUGUGUUUUUUCUUCCUCCCUCUUUCCCUCCCUUCCUUCCUCCCUCCCAUACCAGAGUGCUCAGCUCUGGUUUUUGGUGGUGCUGAGGAUUGAACCUGGGACUUUGGGACCUCAGGUUUGGAAGUCUUUUGAAGAACCAUUCUUCUGUCCGACCCCCCCCUUUCCUUUCUUUCUUUCUUUCUUUCUUUCUUUCUUUCUUUCUUUCUUUCUUUCUUUCUUUUUUUUAGGUUUAGAUUUUCACUUUUGCAGGGGAGAACUGCCCUCAAGUAAGACAAUAAUAGUGAGCUUGCAGGUACUUUGGAACCACUGACACCUCUUACAGGGCCAGGUGAGCCAGGUCAAGGUCCUCUGAAGAGAUGGGGAUGGGCUCACACUAGGGGGAUAAGUGCUAGGGCCUUAAGUCAGCACACAGUCCAGUCUGGGGCGAGUCAGCUAAGCAGAGGUGGAUCUCAGAACCAAGGGAGUUGAGUUAUUCCUACAGGGGUUGCCCCAACAGCCAGACGCCCCUGCGCUUGGUCUUCCAGUGCCUGAGGCACGACACCAUGGUAGCUGCUGCCCCCCAACCCCCGAAGACUUACCCACCCGUCAGCUGCCACCACCCCAAGUCAGCGCUAUGAGAAGUGGAAUUGGACUCUGUUUAGAGCUCUCUCAGAGCUCCCCGGCACAUUGCCCCCCAAUACCUGACAGCCCCGAGUUGAGAGGGAGGUACUGUUGGCUGAGCAGGCAGCCUGGGUUCCAGGGACCAAUGUUGCCUUUAGACUGGUCUUGUCUCUGUUGCCUUAAUGCUGGAUAGCCCAGGCCCCCAGGAAGCUCAGAUCCUAUGGCAGUGGUGCCAUGUGUGGUGGUUGUGGUGGCAUCCUUAGGAGGGUUCUGAAGGCAUUCAUGGUGAAAGUAGUCAUGUAGAGAGAAGCAGCAAGAGGAAGAGCAGCUUCCAGGAUGACUAAAUAUGAGUGAUGCCUGUCCACAGGACACUGAGCAACAGCCCCUGGGCUUGCAGGGUGAUCUCUCAGGACAAGCUCCAAGUUAGAGGCCACCCAUCUGGGAGACUUAAGUGAAUGCUGCCUGCCUCUGCACUUGUGCCCUCUGCCUUGGUGUGGGCUCUGGAGGCAGGACACACACAUACUACACCAUACCGCUGUGUCCUGCAUGGGUCAGGGAAAUGGGUCCAGAGAUAAUGCCUGGACUUCUGCCUGUAGCACCAUGGCACCCACCCCUACCCACACAUUGGGGACCUAGCAGAGUCCCUGAGGCUGCACUAGACAUUUGGCUUCAUUCACUCUAGACACCUGGAGGCCCAAGGGAUCUUUUUGCAUUGCAGAGAUUUUAUACAUAAAAUUUAUUUUGUUUGUAAUGAGCCAUUCUCAAUAAACAUUAUUCUCAUUGCAAAAGGAUGGCAA